AUUCGACUUCCACUUCUGUACACAACAACAAACUGUACAUUUAAAUUACAGUGGAGGGGAAGACGAACCGGCCAUUCAGUAACGACCAUCCUCUCCGAACGCAAACGCUAUGGCUCUGAGAAAUGAAGAAGAAAAUAUGUUGCAGAAACUAUACUCCAUUGGAACAUUGGCAUUACAGAUUCUGAUACUUUUUAUUAAAAUUUGUUAUGUAACAUUAGAGGGAAUAUUUAACUCAAUUGUUCCUAAACCCUUAAAAUCAGUCAAAGGAGAGAUUGUUUUGGUCACUGGUGCUGGUCAUGGGAUUGGAAGAGAAAUAGCAAUUAAAUAUGCUGAACUUGGCUCCACUGUUGUAUGCCUUGAUAUAAACGAGAAAGGAAACGAGGAGACUGUCAAGUUAAUUCAGAACAAUGGCUUCCAAAAUGUUCACACCUAUAAAUGUGAUGUGACCAAAAGAGAAGAAGUCCUUCAAGCUAUUGAUAAAAUCAAGAAAGAAGUAGGAGAUGUCACUGUUCUUAUAAAUAAUGCUGGAAUUAUGCCAUGCCAUCAGCUUCUUGAUCAUAAGCCACAAGAAAUCAUAAAAAUGUUUGAAGUGAAUGUUUUUGCUCACUUUUGGCUUUUAGAAGCUGUACUUCCCAAUAUGAUUAAGAAAAACCAUGGACACAUAGUUGCUCUCUCUUCAAUGGCAGGAGUAUUUGGAUUAAGAAAUCUGGUUCCAUACUGUGCAUCCAAAUUUGCUGUAAGAGGUCUAAUGGAAGCUGUGGCAGAAGAAUUCAGAGAAGAAAAAAUUGCAUCAGAAGUUCACUUUACAAUCAUCUGUCCUUAUAUGGUUAACACUGGAUUAUGUAAAAAUCCAAAAAUAAACCAAAGGUUUGGUGAGAUUCUUGCCUUAUUGAACCCCAAAUCAGUAGCUGAAAUCAUUGUCACCUCUAUGAGGCAAAAUAAGUCCAUUGUUACUAUUCCUUCAUUCUUCAUGGCAGUGAAUAACAUAUUUAGGAUAUUUCCUGCAAAGGUACUACAUAUGGUAACAGACUUUCUUGAUAGCGGAAUGAAUGCUGAUUAACUUCAAUAUCAACAAAUUUAUUUACCAGGAAUAUUAUUAGGAAUAUAAAAAUCAAAUAUCUUUUUAAGAUUUUCAGUUACUUGUAUAUUUUUCAAGUUCUCUUCAAAGCUCUUUGAUAAAAUUAAUUAAAAUAGUAAAGAAGGUUUUUUAAAAGAAAGCUUAAAUUAUUUUUUUAUAAAUUGUACAUGUUUAUUCUAAGAUAUAUUGUUAUUUUUUAUGUUACGGAUGUCAUCUGAAAUGUUUUUUAUGUAUAUUAAAUGAUAUGACAAAAAAUUCAUAAUUCAACGAGAAAUUUAACUUGACACUCCUAUUGUGGUUAGUACAUGGAGGCAACCCAUAACUAGCCAUCAGGGGUUGGUAAAAAUGAUCACAUGACCCAUUUGUUGGGCUAGUUCAUUCACAAGCAAAACAUUCAUAGUGUUUACAGUUGGAUGUAUUCAUCAAUAUAUCUCAUAACAGAACCAAAUUGUUCUUCUUUGUACAUUUUUUUUUUUUUAUCAGUAACACAGGUUUUGAAAUUCAAAUCAUGCUUCACCAAGGAAAAUGUCAAUACCAUUUCAGAAUUUUUUAGUCUCUAUUUAAGGUUCUUUUUAUGAGAGUCAACAUUAGAAUACGGGAAAAGAAUUUAAAAAGACUCAAUUUCAUUUGAGUGUAGUUUUGCAGACUGAUUACAUACCUUUAUUCACCGUUGACUCUUCCACCAGUGGUAGGCACUAGCGGAUCCAGGAUUUAAUUUUGGGGGGGACUUCAGCCCGAAGGAUUUUGUUUCAUAUAAUAUUGAUAACGAUAAUUAAUUUGAAAAAAAAGAAAGAAAGAAACUAACUACCCAUAUGACAUUGUGUCUUAGUGAUUCUUGAAGUGCUAUUAAAUGUAAUUACACAAACAGUAAUAGUUUAAGAGAUAGUUUUUAAUAUUUUUUUCUAUAAAACAUGGUUAUAUUUUACCAUUUUGGGGGAGGAGACUUCAGCCCAAAAGCCCUC